AUGUUCGACCCCAAGAACAUGAUGGCUGCUUCUGACUUCCGUAACGGCCGCUACCUCACUUGCUCCGCUUUGUUCCGCGGUAAGAUCUCCAUGAAGGAGGUUGAGGACCAGAUGCGCAACAUCCAGAGCAAGAACCAGAGUUACUUCGUUGAGUGGAUCCCCAACAACGUCCAGACCGCUCUGUGCUCCGUUCCCCCCCGUGGCCUCAAGAUGUCUUCCACCUUCGUUGGUAACUCCACCUCCAUCCAGGAGCUCUUCAAGCGUGUCGGUGACCAGUUCACUGCCAUGUUCCGUCGCAAGGCUUUCUUGCACUGGUACACUGGUGAGGGUAUGGACGAGAUGGAGUUCACUGAAGCCGAGAGCAACAUGAACGAUCUUGUCUCCGAGUACCAGCAGUACCAGGAGGCCUCCGUCUCUGAGGGCGAGGAGGAGUACCUCGCUGAGGACAUUGUUGAUGAGGAGGUUUAAAUAAAUCUUCUUUGAGAUUUGUUCAAAGUAAUACCCUUGUCAAGCCUACAUUCUCUACCAUUCGGACCGGCUUGUGGGCGCAAGCCCCGAACCAAUUUGUUUGAGCGCUCCUAAUUUACACCCUUUUUUGUCUAUUUUUCUGCUCGGCUUGGGUGAUUUGUUCCGCCCCUCCAGAAUAGCACAUAGUGGAAAAGAAAGUGACGAAUCCAUUAUUCAUGGCC